CAGCCCGGUCCCUGCACCGCUAAACUCACCGGAGGAAGAGGAACAACGCAACUUACGGGGUGAACCGGGAGCUGGUGUCCAUCUUAUUUACACCGGUGAGACUGCUAAAUUUUUCAUCUCUCGGGUUUUACAGCGAUAAACAAGUUGAAAUCCGGGUCUUCAGACAUGAGCAGUUCAGAAGAAGUGUCAUGGAUCUCCUGGUUCUGUGGACUGAGGGGGAAUGAGUUUUUCUGUGAGGUGGAUGAGGACUACAUCCAGGACAAGUUCAACCUGACAGGCCUCAAUGAGCAGGUUCCCCACUACCGCCAAGCCCUAGACAUGAUCCUGGACCUUGAACCAGACGAGGAGCUAGAGGACAAUCCCAACCAGAGUGACCUGAUCGAGCAGGCAGCAGAGAUGCUGUACGGCCUCAUCCACGCACGCUACAUCCUCACUAACCGAGGCAUCGCACAGAUGUUGGAGAAGUAUCAGCAGGGAGACUUCGGCUAUUGCCCCCGUGUUUAUUGUGAGAAUCAGCCCAUGCUUCCUAUUGGUCUGUCAGACAUCCCAGGAGAGGCCAUGGUGAAGCUGUACUGCCCUAAAUGUAUGGAUGUGUACACACCGAAAUCAUCCAGGCACCACCACACAGAUGGAGCCUAUUUUGGCACAGGCUUCCCCCACAUGCUCUUCAUGGUUCAUCCUGAGUACAGGCCCAAGAGGCCCGCCAACCAGUUUGUCCCAAGGCUGUAUGGGUUCAAGAUCCACCCCAUGGCCUACCAGCUGCAGCUGCAAGCUGCCUCCAGCUUCAAGAGCCCUGUUAAGGCCAUCCGCUAGAGCAUCCAGGAAGGAGGAGGAGGAAGAUUCAUAGAGAGAGAGAGAGAGAGAGAACACAGGAAAGAAUUAUUGUCAGCAGGGCAGGGGUCACCUGCAUUUUACAAAUCUCUUCAGAUGUCCCCUUCCCACCCUGAAGACUGUAUUAUUUUGGUUUAGAUUAGGACAAAUGAAAACAAAGUGUAAAGAUUUUUGAGUGUGAGUGAGACAUAAAAAUGCACAGCCAUGAUCUUAAUCACACACACACACACACACACACACACACACACACACACACACACACACACACACACACACACACACACACAAAAAUGUAUAAAUGCAGCAACAGACUUGGGAUUCCAUACACGUACCUUACCAAACUCAGCAGUGCCAAAAACAGGAGGUGAAGUAAGAGGAAGCUGAACAUUACAUGGGGCUCCACACUGCAGCACCUGUUCACUCACAAUACAGCACACUGAUGAGAAAAUGAUAUCGCUGGUUGACACUGCAGGGAACUUUUCCCUAUAGAAAGAGUUUUUGUGUUCAGAGCUUUUAGAUGGAAAGCUGAAAAAAGUGCAAUGGCUGAGUCAGUUUUCAUCUCUGACUCUGUGUUUGUUCUGUAUUUGGCACAGUUUGGUAAAGGGUGGUGGUAAACCCUCCAUCAUUUGAAGCCUCCUCUCCCCAUUAGCCCCCACUGCAUGUACACUCAGGCCAGCACUCCCGGAGACAGUUUGGACAGUGGCAGUGGGUGUUUUUCUUUAACAGUUGUUUGUAAAAUUUGGUUUGUCUGAUGUUUUGUGGUGUUGGUGCACAAAGCAUUCUGUUAAAUUUGCCUUAAGAUGUGGAGAAAACAUCCAGAUUGAGAGGCACGAGCAAAAAUAGAUUUUUUUUUUUUUCUUCUUUUUUCUUUCUGCUGUUAGAGGAGGUAGAGUAGAACUAGAUAAAACUAACAUGACUUUUUGAAUAGUUCAGGCACUUGUACUUAGCCUGUGUCAUUUCUCCAGCUGUCUGUGCGUGUGUCAAACAACUGUCUGUAUUGGUACCGAAGUGAGAAUAUAACCUGUGCUGCAUUUUUUUUUUCCCCCCCUCCAGAGCAGCAGGCGUAUGUGCGUUUCUAUUGUUACCAUCCCUUCCCUCGUAGCUUCAUCUCCCCUAAAGGAAUAGUUUGACAUUUUGGGGAAUAUGUUUAUUCUUGCAGAGAGUUGGAUGAAAGGAUUGGUAUCACUUACAUCUAUUUGGUAAAUGUGAAGCUACUGCAAGUUGCUUAGACUGGAAAAGGUUUUGUCGAGCAGUUAGAAUAUCCUCCCACCAGAACACUUUAUAUGGACCAGCUGCAACCGCGAGGGCUGGUAUUUCACCUAGUGUAUCAUCAUGGCAAAAUGUCGUCUAGGACACACCUGCUGUAGUCGGAGCUACCACAGGGAUGGUUUUUACUACUUUUGUCGGUAUUUGUUUGUCUGUGAUCAGAUUUUUGUAAGUUUGAUGCAUCACAGCUGUGAUGUGCAGUCACGAAACUUUACAGGUAUGUAGUUUAGAUCAAAAUGAAAGCCAAGGUGAAAGAUUGGACAGGGCCGACCUAUGACUACUGAGUGCCCAUGUAAUAAUACAGCAAUGACUACUGUGUGCUCAUGGGUUGGAAUGUCAACAUGUUGUGUUGAUACCAUAACAAGAUGGUCUUUAACCCACCCAACAGACUAAGUGUAAUGACGUCAAACGGCUGUGUGCAGGUGAGCAGUUGCUAGGCAAUCAGUUGUAACUCCGACACAACAUUAACACCACAAUGUGUUGGUUUUUGUAAAUUUUCAACAACUAAGAUAAAACCAUGUCAGUUUGUGAGCUUCAGGGGUGCUGGCUUCAUCUCACUAAACAUGUUACGUCAUUUAAUUCGUACAAAAACCGAAGUGUAAAAAUGUCCAGUUGCCAUUUUACGAGUGAGUUAUGAGCCAGUUAGGAGUUGCUAGGCAACCAGUGUUCCAGAAUGUUACUGGUCCAAGCUAAGGGCAGAACAUAACUGUAACACCAUGCUGUUUUUACACUUCGUAUAAAGUGAACAAAUGAGCGUUAAAUAGUGAGUUUUACAGGUGUUGGCAGGAGCUGAAGCGUGUUGGUUAUAUUUCUACAAUUUAAUUCCUACAAAAACCAAGGUGUAAAAACAGCAAAUCACCGUUUAGGAGAGGUUUGGUCCAGUUAGUUGUUGCUCUGCAACUAGAGUUGCCUUCAGAAAAUGAUUGGUCCCAGCGAAGAAAUAAUCCUCAACAUAACCCCCUAUAGAGGUGUUGGUAAGGUGGAUUUUACUGUUGGACACAACUAGGCUAGCAGUUUUGCCCUGUUUCCAGUCUUUAUGCUAAGCUAUAUCAAGCUAACCAGCUGCUGGUUGUAGUUUCACAUUUAACAGACGUGAAAGUGGUAUCAUUAUUCACAUCAAGCUCUCUGCUUAGAGCCAAUCUUACUCAAAAUGUCAAACUUUUCCUAUAAAGAUCAAGCAGGAGACUCAGAGAAAGAGGAAUUUAGACAAUCUGAAUCCUUCAGCUCACUCCACCACUGCACUGAUCCAUCCUCCUGGUGUCUCUCCACAGCCGUCUCAUCAUUUAUGUUCAGUUUUAGAGACAGAUCACCAGCCGCUACUUUUUGUUUCUGAAACAGUGGGGCAGAUACUCAGAUGCCCUUCCCUUCACUUCCUCUCCUCUUUACUUUUGUGUGACUGGAAUAGAUUGUUCUUUUCUGAUUCUAUGAUACAAGAGAAACGGUAUUUAUGUGUCCAGAUUUUAACUAAUGUUUCUGUUGUUGUUGUCUUUCUGCUACUGUGGAAGGGUGAGCAGGAUUCAGAAUUCUCAAUAAACUUCUAUUUUCUUUUCAUA